GAUGUGUUUGUUGGGUUGGUUCUAAGCGAUAGGGUGGUUCUUAAUUUGAUGUACUCCAUGCUGAGAGAUUUUCGAUAACCCUGCCAACUGCUCCGUCUCUGGUCAACGCUAAAACCUGUCAAGUACCGGCUACCGGUAUAGGUUGAUUUGUACUGCCCGUGUGUUUAGUUAUUGUAGAGUACCCAGCUCCCUGUGCACAUGUUGAUUUGGCGCGGACACCAACAAAAAAAAAACAGCAUCAGCGCUGCUGCAAGGGGCAUCGUCGGCGCGAGAUCAUCACGUCAGUAUCGUUGCGGUCAGCCAUCGUGAUGGACGGCGGCGGCGGGACAGCUCGGCGUGACAGUUUGGCGUUCGUUUAGCCGUAUAUCGGGGGCGCGCUUUAGUGCUGCUUAACGGGCUUCCGCUAGCCGCAUAGUGUCGCGAUAACGCACCGACUUUUGCCUUUACCUGAAGUGCUGCUGGACUUAAACUGAAAGCUGCUCGCGCAUCGAUUGAUUAAUAAAGACAUUUACACUGUGUUUUAUCGGUGCACCGUGCCUAACUAGUGCUUAAUUAUAAUCGGAAUCUUGAUAAUACGCGCGUCGCCCUCGUCCGAUCGAUCGGCCAUCGUGAGUGAGUGAGUGAGUGAGCGUCCGCGAGUAUCUCGACUUGACUCGACGACGCAGAUUAACAUACUACAAUUAUAGAGUUCAAACGCGCGAUGAAGAAUGCAGCCGCUGCAGCAGAGGAGGCACGACUUGGCGAUCGAUUCUCGGGAUAAGAUAUCAGACUUUGCGGAUUGAGAUGUUUGUUUUGAAUUAGUGGAAUAGUUUUUGCUUCUCUUUGAUGCGCUCGCCUUGUCGAGACGGGCGGGGAAUAAUUGAUUAAAUUCAUCUGAUAGGAACGGAUAUUCGUCGUGUUUACCUGAAUGAUUGAAAUUGCUAAUGGAAUAUCAAUGACCACUUAUUGAUACAAGGAUUUCAAUUUAUUGGACAUUAUAGGGUGCGCUGUGACGAAUUGGUGAUUAGAAGCUAAACAACCACAAACCUUGUUUAUCUACCUGAGCGAUUCGCACGUGGUUUUGCCGCCUCCUCCUUCGGCCGUCAUCCGGGGGCAGGCCCAACUGGCCACGGACGCCAGUGCUCGUUCAGGGGACAGUUUUGCAUACAAUUAGAACUACUCCGACUGGCUGGCCGGCCGCUUGCAAAUCAACACACUAAUUAACCACAUGUGACACGACGACGACGCACAGGUCCAACAGGCGGGGCAAUUUCCAGCCGGGUUCUCUAUGUUAUCAACAAAUUCCCAGAUGUAGAAGCGGAUUGACCGUUGAACGGUGAUGUGGUCAGUGCGACUCGGUGCCGUAUCGGUCCUAAGUGAGUUCUCAGUGCGUGAAAUUCCGCAGUACGCAGUGUCGACUCAGUGAAAGUGGCGUGAAUAAGGGGAAGGCGAUCGUGGUGAAAUUAGUGGUGAAAACGGUGAUCCUGGUGAUCUGGAAGCGUUAAUUGGAGGAAAGAUAACCGACCGAAGUUCGGAAUGGCCCACAGGUGGUCCCUGACGGGGAACAGUGCUGGUGGUGGGGCAGGAGGAGGAACCGCUAGUGGUUCCGCCAGUAAAGAGUGUGGGGAUGAGUUUGAAAUCGCAGUUCUGUUGGAUAGAUCUGACUCGCGGUCGUCCGCGGCUCCCCGAAUCAUCGCGAGGGGGAACCAGCGACGAACCGUCAAUGACGGUGGUCAGCGGCAGCACAAUGAUCGCACUUCCGGUGUCGAUGAUGGGCGUGACAGCGAUGACGAAGAACGGAUUAUGAUUUUGGACGAGCAGCAGCAUCAGCAACAGCCGUCGCAGUCCAAGCGAUGCAAGCGCAAUGGAAAUGCGAAAGUGAAGAUGUUCAAGCUAAAAAGCACCUCCUCCGCCGCGGAUGAUGCGUCACCAGCCCGGGACGACCGGUCGGCGACACUGUACGUGAAUCCGGCGGCCACGGGGACCACCGGCAGCACCAGUCCGUCCCCGUUGGCCACCACCCCAACCUCGAACAGCACCAAAAACGCCGCCGCCCCCACCAGCAACAAUAGCAACAACAGCAGCAGCAACAACAACAAUCACAGCGGCAACGGCAGUGGCAACAACAAAUCCGGCAAGAGUCCCCCGGGGAAGCACAAAAAUGCCGACGAGGAGUGCGACGUGAUUGGGGACCUGAUAGGCGAUUACGGCAAGUGGCAGUUUGUGAUGACAUUUUUGCUGUCGCUGUUCCAGGUGCCGAACACGUUUCACAUCUACUCGCCCACGUUUCAGGCAGCAGAAAAAAGUCACUGGUGCCGACGGCCGUCGAACCUGAACGACACCCCGGUGGACCUGUGGCGGAACGUGACCCGGGCCCAGGAGGACUGCCGGAUCCUGAAUUACGACUGGAGCUCGCUUGACUCGCAACAGUCGCUGCGAAACCUAAGCCUGGCCGCUAAUAUGUCCCACGUGGCCUGCAGCUCGUGGGAGUUUGACAUCAACGAUAAUCUCGGCAAUACGUGGGCCUCGGAGUGGAGCCUGGUGUGCGACAAGGAAUACCUCAAGGACGUCGCCGAGAUGUUCUUCCUGGUUGGGGUGGCCACCGGCGGCAUCACCAGUGGCGUCCUGUCCGACAAAUUUGGCCGCAAAAAGAUGCUGUUCAUCUCGGCCGUACUGCAGGCGAUAUUCGGUCUAGCGCUAUACUUUGUCAACUCGCUCGAGUUCAUGCUGGCACUGCGUGCCCUGCUCGGCAUCGUGUCCGUCUCGGUGACGUACGCCGGCCUGAUCCUGGCGAUCGAGUACGUCGACGGCAAGUGGCGAACCAUCGCCGGAAUGUACAACCUGUUCCCGCUGCCGGUGUCGUACAUCAUGAUCUCCGGCAUUGCCUACCUGACGCAGGACUACCGCAACCUGCAGCUGUGCAUCGGCCUGCCCGGGGUGUUUCUGUGCUUUUUGUGGUUCGUACUUCCGGAGUCUCCGCGGUGGUUGCUGUGCAAGGGUCGCAUUGCCGAGGUCAAGGAGAUUGUCAAGAAGGCGGCCGCCUUCAACAACCGACCCCUGCCGGAUAACCUGGACAAGCUGUUAAAGCCCCCAACGGACGAGGAAGAAACGGGGGCCGGCGUGUGCGAACUGUUCCGCACCAAGUAUCUCCGGCUGGUGACGUUCUGCUUUCUGUGCAUCUGGUUCACCAUGAAUCUCGUCUACUACGGGCUGGUGCUCAACAUGAACAGCUUCGGCGGCAACAUCUAUCUCAACUCGGCUCUAGCUGGACUGGUCGAAAUACCAGCCAUCGCCCUGGCAAUGUACAUCAUCAACCGAACCGGCAAGAAGUGGCUCUUCUGUGCGACGUUCUUUGCCUGCUCGCUGGCGUGCCUCUGCGCUGCCGUCGUGGAGGGAAAGCCCGAAUAUCUGACGCUCAAGAUUACCUUCCUGAUGAUUGGAAAAUUCACUAUCAGCGCUGGUAACACAAUUAUGCCGGUUUACACGGCGGAAUUGUACCCGACGGCGAUCCGGAAUGUUGGCGUCGGAGCGUGUAACUUGGCGGCAGGAUUCGCCCUUGUGCUUACUCCAUAUCUUUCCAUGUUGCCAAAGAUCGAAGACCAUCUGUUGAUGUCCCUGCUGACGGCGUGGUGUAUCUUUGGCGCUAUUGUGAUUGUGUUCCUGCCGGAAACGAUGCAGCAUCAUGAACACGAGGAACGCGAUGACGACAAAGAUGUCGACACAGAAGUGGUGGCCUAAGGAUGUACAUUUCGAUGUGGUUACAAUUAGAUGGUUGCCAAGAUGAACUUUAGAGCGAAAUCUAUACUACUGCCAUAACUAGGAGUCGUUUUUGAGAUGAAAGUAUUUUCAAAGAACUGUGAGAACCUGUGAGUAAGAGUACAUGAAAUUGUUUAUAACUCGGAAAUAUCCGGACGACGGCGAGGACGACGAGCGGUGUUUAUGUAAUCUGUCAAUUGAGGGUAGUUUUUAUGCAAGAAACCAAUGGAAGAAAUCGCUUUGCUCUCUUGUCUUACAUUCAUAUUGGAAUGUAACAAAAAGUUGUGUCAAGAUCACAAAUAAAACGGAAGCAUUUAAAAGAACGAAAGCAAGAGAUAGUGAUGCAAGAAGACGAUACUGUUUAAAAUUAUUCGUUGCCAUAAUGAACGAAAACAAUAGCCAUUACCAGUUUUAAAAUAUUCUCACCAGAUAUUAGACACAGACUCCCACUUCAAAGGCACACAACAGAUAACAAAAAAUAGCUGACGAAUUUUUCGGGAACUCGACUGGCUGGUCCAGUGAGAUUUUUAUAUACACGCUAUUUGAAUAAUGUACACAAGGACUAUUAUUUACAAAACAGUUUAUUGGAGAAUGUAUACGUUGAUCGACAUACAGCCACACCUACAAUAGUCUUAAAUGAAAACAAAUCACACAGCACACAUGCAAAAUGUUAUUUAUGUUUGAGUCUUCGAUGUUUCAUGUCCAUUUUUUUGUUUGUAUGUUUUGCGGUGCAAUCGGAAAUUUGAUGUAUCAUGAAGGUCGUUUUUUUUUCUAAAUGCAAAAUCCGAUCAUUCGCUGUUACUUUGAAAGGUAAAUUUGAUUUAAAUAACUGAUUUUUGGAGCAGGUGUGACCAAAUGGUUACGCUGUUCGCUUUGCAAGGGAAUAAUCAUGGGUUCGAUCUGCUCCAGCCAUCCAUCGGAUGGAGAAGUAUUUGAAAAAUAUGCGUCAAUUCUCAGUGAGUUUAAACAAAAUAAUCAAUUUUUCGUUAUUUUUUGCGUUGAAAAACCGUUAGAUUUUUAUUUUGAUAAAACAUCAUCCGUUUACGGAUGGAACUAAUAGGGAAAACAAAUCUAGAUUUUAUUGAAAAGGUUCUAUGAGCUAUUGUCUUUCAUAUGGUUAUAGGACCUAUUAAAAAAAACUCUAGAAAUGUUCUUUUAUCUGUAUGAUUUCGCAUUUCGAAAUUCAAUGACAGUUUUUACAAGCGUUUACAUCUGAAAUUAAAUAAUUAUCAGCUAAGUAAGAAGUAAGCAUAAAAACCGAUUAGAAUUUUUACAAGGUAAUCUAUUUAUAUAGUGAGAAUCGGUAAAUUAGAUGGAUGAAUGAAACAUGAUCUGGUUAUUAAACUGUCAAAGAUCCAAGAAUAAUGCUCAUUCGUUUGAAAAACUCCCAAAUCUGCGAAGUAUUAUAAUUUUUUCACAAAGCUUUAUUUUUUUUUUUGAUCAGACGUAAAACCUUUUUUUUGCUUUAAAUUGUAUUCCUAAAUAUGGCUGGAAAUUUGUUAUUUAAUUUAAUGCUCAAUUUUGUGGUUUAACAUUUUUCAGUUUGUCCCUCAUUGGUUUGAUGAACUCAAACUAAAAAUUGACUUACUGUCACUUUUGACACGAUGCUUACACACACUAUCUGAUCAAAUAUUUCAUAGUGUGGGUUUGAACGCUGGGUGUCAAAUAAAAUCAGAAACAGGUUUAAAAUUUAACAUAGGUUUUCCUAUCUAUUAUGCGGUGUUCUGUAAACUCACAUUUGACAAAUCGAUCAAUUCGGCAAAAAUACACUGAAAUGAAGAAUUAUACAUGAUGAACUGCCAAAAGGCGAGCCCAAAAGGCGUUUAUCAAAUCGUUUGUUUUUGCUGAGAAAACUGUUUUAUUUUGCUGUGUAAAAAGGUGCAUACGUCCCUUGAUACGAAUUCAUGCGACAUCACAACCGUUGCACUGCAAACACAAACAUGUUGCAUUUAGAAUGUUGCAGCUCCCGAAUGGGGACGCACAGUAGAUUUACAAAACUGGCAAAAAAACGCUCGAAAUUUAUGGGUAAACAAGUGGAAACAGAAAAAAAUAUCAAGAAAUAUUAUAUCAAAUCAAUGUCUCAUUGUGAUAAAUCAACAAGUAAUAAAUCAACCAGAUACUAGGGCUGAUAAUAUACUGUAGCGUCGCUUUAAAUGUUUUAUAACCUCCCCAAAUCCCAUAUCGCAAUCUGUGAAGAGGAAUCAAAAUGUGUGUCUGUGUAAUUAAUUGUAGUUUCUGAAAGUACUUAAAGUUGUUGGAUGGAGUAGUUGUUAGCAAACCUGCAGUAGGAGUUUUGUUUUUCAGCAACGAACCUAGGCGAAAUGUGAACAUUGAAGUUGUGUGAAUGCUGAAAGUAUUGUACGUUUGAGUUGAGAUUGUGCAAGGUGAUGAAAUCAUAAUUGUAUUGAAACCAUAUUUGAUAUAUGCAAAUUGUUACCAAGAAAAAAGAAGAAAAUUUUUGGUUAGAUUUUAGAACCCUUGCUGCUUCAAUGUGUAAUAUCAGUGUGCUAAAUCUUGUAAUGGUAACGAAGGUGAAGAACGAAUGAUUAUAUCGCUGUUGAAUUUGUUUAAGAGCAUUUAUGGUAAGCUGGAACGCGCACCUGACUCUCGUUCCGACAGUGAAUCAACAAUAUUCAAAUAUAUCUUUAAUUUGGUGUACAGUGUCACAUGCUACGGUACUUAACUUAAGGUUGCGCUGAAUUGUGUAUUUAUACGUUGGAUAAGUUACAAUACCUUAUCAGUAAAUCAUCUCCCAUAUUACAAAACGCCCCAUUUUUCAAACAAUGUAUGAGAUUGUUACACAAAGUAUGUACAUAACCCCAUCUCCAUUGAUUGUAAUGCCAAAGGAUCAAACAAUCGGUAAGAGCUAUACUAAAGCAAACUAGGUUAAAAACUCUAAUAAAUGUGCUGUAACAAAGAU